GGCCGAUGCAAGCAAGGGACGAUCAAGGGCGGGCAGGGUAAUUACGGUACGGUACGGUGGACGGGAGCUACUUUCCCUCCCCUUCCCCACGCCUUGCUUUCCCUCCUGUUUCUUUCUUCCAAACCACUCCACCAAACCACCAAAGACCAAAGUGUUUAAACAACUCCGCUCUCCACACGAUGCAUUGAUUAAUUGCUCGCGGUACCGAAGAACCCUUAAGCAAGAAAGAAAACAAAACUACAUCGCACAUUUUCACCCUGUGUUGUCUCCCUGUGGUUGGCACGGAGCUAAGGAAGAAAUGCCGGCGGCACAGACGAUAGCCAUAUCCCACCACAAGACUGCCACCAUAAGCAUUCCGUUUCUUCCGUCUGUAUUACGCCUCGAGGAAGCGAUGCUCUGAUAAUCCAGGUAACAAAUAGGACGGAGUAGUGUUAUUCCUUUUUUGGAAAAAAGGUUGAGAAUACUAAAAUUUUUCUGUUUCUUUCAUUUCAUUUCUGCUUCCUGGUCAGCAGGAUCACGGAGGUUACCCGAGGUUCGGGAAUUGAGGACGCACCUCGCGAGAAAGGUAACGCGGUAGGAUAGAAUACAGACGCCGAUGCAGCAAUCGCAUCCUACUUCGCAGACACACACACAUACUACACAUACCCAAGCGCAUGCUCCUUCGUCCUCCUCCUCGCCUCCGAAACUCUCCCCUGCGACGACACCAAUAACAACAGCUACGUCGCAAUUUUACAAUCUCUCCGCCGGCGAUUCAGCUCCCCCGCUACACGGCGCUGGUCGAGGAGGUAUCACCGGUACGGAAUCCGGAUCCCCGAUGGACCUAAGGAUGGAGAUGGUGAAGGUGAAGGAAAAUGCGUCGACUCUUCCGCCUGCGAGCGUUUGUCCUACCGACCAUGAGAAUAUAGAGCCCUUGGAUGCUGGGGUGGGGGAGGGGAGGCAGGGAGGGGGGGCGGAUGCGCGUGCGCAUAUCGCCGCCAAUGCGGAUGUUAAGGCGCUUGAUAAGAGGAGUUUGGAUUAUAUACUUAAAAGCGGGUUGGCGGGAGGUUUGGCGGGUUGUGCGGCGAAAACGGUCGUCGGCCCUCUGGACCGUGUCAAGAUUCUCUUCCAAACCUCCAACCCUCAAUUCGCAAAAUACUCCACUGGCUGGUUCGGUGUCGUGAGUGCCAUGAAAGACAUAAACAGCCACGAAGGCGUCAGGGGGCUUUUCAAGGGCCAUUCGGCAACCUUACUUCGCAUUUUCCCUUACGCCGCUAUCAAGUUCCUGGCCUACGAGCAGAUCCGCGCCGUGGUAAUCCCGUCACGGGACAGAGAGACGCCGUUCCGCCGAUUGAUUAGUGGCAGCACUGCUGGGCUGACGUCCGUGUUCUUUACAUACCCUCUGGAGGUGAUGCGGGUGCGCUUGGCGUUUGAGACGAAGCAUAAUGUCCGCUCGUCGCUGCGGAGGAUUUGUCGUCAGAUUUAUAAUGAGAAUAGACCUGGGACGGUAUCCGCUACCGCUACCGCUGCAUCUACAUCUACCUCAUCAAAACCCCUCACACCUCCCACGUCCUGUCUCCCAUCCAAGCCCCCCCGCUACGGCCUCUCAAACUUCUACCGCGGCUUCUCUCCAACCCUCCUCGGUAUGCUCCCCUACGCCGGCGUUUCCUUCUUGACCCACGACACCGUCGGCGACUGGCUCCGCCAUCCAAAGCUCGCGGCCUACACCACAAUCCCGCACUCCGACAAACCACCCGCCUCCUCCCCCGCCUCCGCCCCACAGCCCUACAAGCGUGUGCAACUAACGGCCCCGGCCGAGCUGCUAUCAGGCGCAUUAGCAGGCCUCGUGUCACAGACGAGCUCGUACCCACUUGAAGUCAUCCGGCGCCGCAUGCAGGUUGCUGGUGCGGUGGGCGAUGGGCAUCGGGUGGGGAUUGCGGAGACGGGGAAGCGGAUUUUUGCGGAGAAGGGGUUUCGCGGGUUUUGGGUUGGGUUGACGAUUGGGUAUAUGAAGGUUGUGCCUAUGGUUGCGGUGAGCUUCUUUGUUUAUGAGAGGUCGAAGUGGUGGUUGGGGAUUUAGGAAGGAGGGGGAAGGAAGGGGGGAUGUUGGUCUGUUUUACGUGUUUAUGUUUUGAUUGGUUUCCUUUUUUGCUGCAUUGAGCGAGAUAUAUCUCUGUCUUUCUCUGGUUUUUUGUUUUCUCAUUCCUCACUGGCAUGGCAUGAUAUAUUUUGCAUUUUUUCCGUUGUUGCAUAUAUACUCCCAUCCUCAGCCUAUCUACCUACAUAGGCAUAAGCUGCACAUAUGUCUCGUUUUCUAUGUCUAUAUGUCUCAUAACUAGAUAUUCCUAUUGGCAUUGGCUUUGUCCGUGUUAGAUAUUCAUGCGGGUUGGCUUUUUCCUUUUCUUUUUUUCUUUUUCUUUUUCUUUUUUUUCUCUCACUUCUCGGUUUACCCUACCUUCCCGGGUGUGGAUGAUCAGUUGAGGAAUUGGUGGGAUAUUUUCCAAUCUUUUUUCUUUACAUAUACUCCGUAGAUGACAAAAGAUAACCAUGCAAUAUAACUAUCUAUUAUUAGCUGGAAUAUGAUAAGAUUAGCUUCAAAA